AUGUCUAUUAUCGAGCUCGGUGAGUCAGUACCGGCUCUCACGCCUCAUGCAUCGAGUGUCUCGUUACCAACCUGGGCGGACAAUGUUGGCUAUGAGGAGGGCCAGGCGAGAGUGCUGAGCAAAAUGACGACGGGUUACCCACGUUUCUUCAUCCACAAGGCCAUUGUAGCAUUCGCAGAGGAUGUUGUUCAGAGAUAUGGUACUGGUGGCCAAGCAGCAAUGCUAUUCCCUUCUUUUAGGACUUCUCGAAGAUGUGUAAAUUUCAUGCACUCUCGGGACCCGUCAAUAUCCCCCAAUCAGAUACAGCUCGUUGACCUAGUCUUGGAUAAAAACAAAGUUGUAUCGGAGUCCUUGGCAAAAAUAUCUCCUUCCGUCUCAGCAGUGAUAUUUCCUAAAGACUUGUUCUCGGUUGCAAAGCAAUAUUGGCAGCAUUCAGGGGACGGUGUCUCGAGCAGGCGCGCGGAGUUCUGCCAUGGCCUUUUCCGGGAAGGGAUUUUGAUCGACGAGAAGACUCUUCAACCGACGAAGGAUAAUAUGAAUGGUAUCCAGAAAUCUUGCAAAGGCCCGAGACGUUACCAAAAGGGGUCAAUAGAUCAGGGGAUCCAAAUUGCCCCGGAAUGUGGCACAAAAGCGGUCGCCGCACAGCAAAGCACCCCAGAUAAUGAUAUCCCCGAGGCUCGCGAAAGCUCCCAGUUUCUUGAAGAACGUUUCGGACGCAAUCUUGACGUGUCUUUCGUCGAAAAUGCCAAAUUAGCUAUUCGCCGACGCAUAGCUGGUUCUUUGAUGGGGGAAACAGAUCUCGCCGCCACACCAAGCCUGAAUGUGACCUCGAACACACGCGGUGUUGUCGGUCUUUCGGACGAUGACGUGUACUUGCAUCCCUGCGGGAUGAAUGCUAUAUUUAUUGCACAUCAAAUGCUUCUCGAAGCCAGGGGCCAUCUGAAAAGCAUUUCGUUUGGAUUCCCUUAUGUCGACACGCUCAAAAUUUUGGAGAAGUUUGGUCCUGGUUGCCUCUUCUAUGGGAACGGUUCGUCAGAAGACCUAGACGACCUCGAGGCUCGGUUGAAGGCAGGAGAGAAAUUCUUAGCCCUAUUCUGCGAGUUCCCUGGGAAUCCUAUGCUGAAAAGCCCCGACCUCACAAGGAUUCGAGGGUUGGCCGACACCUAUGGGUUUGCGGUCGUUGUUGAUGAAACUAUCGGAAACUUUAUCAAUGUCCAUGUCCUUCCAUAUGCCGAUAUUGUCGUCAGCAGUUUAACAAAAAUAUUUUCCGGGGAAUGUAAUGUUAUGGGGGGUAGCGCAAUACUCAAUCCGCGAGGGCCACACUAUCACUCACUCAAGAAGAUCGCAGAAGCCGAACAUGAAGAUAAUUACUGGGCCGAAGAUGUUAUCUUCAUGGAACGCAAUAGCCGUCACUUUGUCUCUCGGAUUGAGAGGAUCAAUGAGAAUGCUGAACUUAUCUGCAGUAUUCUCGGAGCUCAUCCGCUCGUUAAGACCGUCUAUUACCCCAAGUACAAUCCAUCGAGAGAGUUCUAUGAUGCUUGCCGGACUCCAAACGGGGGAUAUGGCGGUCUGCUCUCGUUCGAAUUCGAAAAUAGAGGUCAAGCCAUCGCUUUCUUUGACAGGAUUGAGACAGCCAAAGGACCAAGCCUUGGGACAAAUUUCACUUUGGUCUCACCCUACGUUAUCCUUGCCCAUUUCCUAGAGCUGGAUUGGGCGGCACAGUUUGGGGUCCCUGCCGACUUGAUCCGAAUCAGCGUCGGACUUGAAGGUAUGGAUCAUCUAAAGGCUAUAUUCCAAGAUGCCUUGAAAGCCGCCGAAGGUGCUGUAUCGUGA